AUGGAUGCCAUGGCAGCAAAAGCCCCGGCGGACCCAGAGACCGUUUCUGAGGAUGUUGAACACCUGAGUCUUUCUGCCUAUGGUCCAGCAAGGGCGUCAAUCACCGAACAUCCACUCAGCGAUGAUGAGGUGCGAAAGAUGACAGACUACUUCCAUGCGUCGCUAUACAUGUGCCUAGGCAUGAUUUACCUCCGUCGGAAUCCUCUAUUGCGCGAACCUCUUACCCUAGAUCACAUCAAGCGACGACUAUUGGGACAUUGGGGCUCAGAUGCUGGACAGAGCUUUACGUAUAUUCACAUGAACCGCCUGAUCAAAAAGUAUGAUCUCGACGCCAUCUUCAUCUCUGGUCCUGGUCAUGGUGCGCCUGCAGUCCUCUCCAACAGCUUUUUGGAGGGCGUCUACUCAGAGGUGUAUCCUGAAAAGAGCGAGGAUGAAGAGGGUAUGAAACGCUUCUUCAGAUCCUUCUCAUUCCCUGGUGGAAUUGGAUCCCAUGCUACGCCUGAGACGCCCGGUAGCUUACACGAGGGUGGUGAACUCGGUUAUUCCAUCUCCCACGCUUUCGGCGCAGUAUUCGAUCACCCAGAUUUGAUUGCACUCACAAUGGUUGGCGACGGCGAAUCAGAGACUGGCCCGCUGGCUACAAGCUGGCAUUCCACAAAGUUCCUCAAUCCGAUUACUGACGGUGCUGUUUUACCCAUUCUUCACUUGAACGGCUACAAGAUCAACAAUCCGACUGUUCUCGCUCGUGUAAGCCACAAGGAGCUCGAAGCACUGUUCAUUGGAUACGGAUGGACGCCCUACUUUGUUGAAGGAAGCGACAUUCCCUCCAUGCAUCAAGCCAUGGCUGCCACUAUGGAGCGAUGUGUUACCAAGAUCAGGGAGUACCAGAAAGAGGCGCGGGAUUCGGGCAAAGCUUUCCGGCCUCGUUGGCCUAUGAUCAUCCUCCGUACACCUAAGGGAUGGACUGGACCCCGCAAGGUUGACGGAGAUCAUUUCUUGGAGGGCUUCUGGCGUGCACAUCAGGUUCCUCUCACCAAUGUCCUCAAAGACAAGUCGCAGCUCAAGCUCCUCGAGGAGUGGAUGCGUGGAUAUGGGCCCGACAAGCACUUUGACGAGAACGGCAAGCUCAUUCCCGAGCUUCGAGAGUUGGCACCGACCGGUAACAGGAGGAUGAGCGCUAACCCAGUUACAAACGGUGGCGCGAUCCGACGCAAGCUCCAUGUUCCUGACUUCCGUAAUUACUCUGUCGAGGUCACGAAGGGAGGUGUUGCAAAGAUGGGUAGCAUGGCAAACUUCGCUGCCUUCCUGCGUGAUGUGAUCAGGGACAACCCGAAGGAUUUCCGCCUCUUUGGUCCUGAUGAGACUCAGUCCAACAAGCUAGACAAGGUCUACGAAGCGGGAAAGAAAGUCUGGCUGGCUGACUACUUUGAAGAAGACAAGGAUGGCGGUAAUCUGGUUCACGAUGGACGUGUGAUGGAAAUGCUGUCCGAGCAUACGGUAGAGGGAUGGCUAGAAGGCUACAUUCUAUCUGGACGACACGGCUUGCUGAACAGCUACGAGCCUUUCAUUCACAUCAUCGACUCCAUGGUCAACCAGCACUGCAAGUGGAUCGAAAAGUGUCUCGAAGUGGAGUGGAGGCAGAAGAUUGCUUCGCUCAACAUCCUACUCACAUCGACCGUAUGGCGUCAAGACCACAACGGUUUCACCCAUCAGGAUCCUGGUUUCCUCGACGUCGUAGCCAACAAGAGCCCCGAGGUCGUCCGCAUCUACCUUCCACCCGACGCCAACUGCCUCCUCUCAACCAUGAACCACUGUCUCCGCAGCGAAAACUACGUCAAUGUAAUCGUAGCUGACAAGCAAGAACACCUCCAGUUCCUCACCAUGGAACAGGCCAUUGCCCACUGCACAAAAGGUGUCGGCAUUUGGGAGUGGGCCAGCAACGACAGCGGUGCAGAACCAGACAUCGUCAUGGCAUCUUGUGGUGACGUGUCCACGCAUGAAUCCCUGGCUGCCACCGCACUCCUCCGCACACACCUCCCCGACCUAAAGAUCCGCUUCGUGAACGUAGUCGACUUGUUCAAGCUCAUCGACGAUGGCCAGCACCCCCACGGCCUCAAGGCGCACGAGUACAAGGCCAUCUUCACAGACGACGUACCCUGUAUCUUCAACUUCCAUUCGUACCCCUGGUUGGUUCACCGCCUUACCUACGGCCGUAAGGGCCAGCAGAACUUGCUCGUCCGCGGUUACAGGGAGAAGGGUAACAUCGAUACACCGCUUGAGCUGGCUAUUCGGAACGGCACUGAUCGCUUUAGUCUGGCGAUUGAUGCGCUGGAUAAGAUCAGGAAUCUGGGCAAUAGGGGUGCGGCGACGAGGGAGAAGCUGCUGGAUGAGCAGAUCAAGGCGAAGAAUUAUGCAUAUCAUGAGGGUAUUGAUCCGUCAUGGACGGAGGAGUGGGUUUGGCCUUUCUAG